AUGAACGCACCUGUGUUGUCACGUGACCAAGACGAGUUGCUGCGCCCUCCAGUGAGAGGCGGAAAAAAAGCACUUUAACAAAGGCGUUAAUGAUGGACAGAGACGAAAACAAGAGCGCUGUUGUUUGCAGGUUCUGUGGAGAACCAUUCACUCUACCUGAGGAGGAUAAAGUUGACAGCAACCUCCCUCGUGUGCUCUUCUGUGGCCACAUCUACUGCACAUCCUGUCUACUGUCUAUUCAAUGUGACGAUGUUAUUAGAUGUCCAGAGUGUGAGGUUGAGUCGACUGUUCCUAAAGGUGGGGUUUAUGCGCUUCAGGAAGACAGCAGAAUCAUAGGCCUCAUCUACACUGCUAAAAUGAAUAAGAUGAAAAGCCUCCGGUCUAACAGACCAAAGAGUCACCGAAGGAACAAAGUAUCAGCAUCGGCAGGCAUGAAUGCCAAUACCGAGAACAUGGAGCAGCUGGCUGAUAUCGAGAAGAUUGAGAAGGUGGAUGAGGCGUUGGCCCAGGCUGCAGAAAAUCUUGCCCAACUGGAACACAUCCAUGAGACUCUGACAACUGGUCUGGCGGAACAGGUGAAGAGGGAGCGAGCUCGGCUCGACAUGGAGAUCAAGCAAGCUGCUGACAAAGCUUUGCAUGCUAUUCGAAAGUGGAAGGAUGUGCAGUUGAAUCAACUGACAAAGCUGGAGGCGCGAUUCUCCACCAGCCAAUCACAGGUGUGUGCUGUCCAGGACAGGAUAAAGGCCCUGGAGAUUUCCAUGCAGAUUGCCAGAGAAGUCCGCCGUGUCCCUUUCUUGGAGCAGUACUGCACCCUUGAUAAGGUUCUGGAGACAUUGCAGGCUCCUGUGGAUAAACAGUCCUUCAAUAUGAAAUGUAUUGCUGUGGGCUCUGGAAUGAGCUGUGUCCUCCAGUCAGAAAGUCUGAACCAGAGUCUGUCAUUGUCUCUGAAGAUGGAAGUCGGCACCCCAAAGCGCAUUUCCAGGUCUCUAGCUAAAGAGCACCAGUCAGGCAACUUCAGAAGUUCCCCCUGGCAACAUGUGGAGUGCAAAAGCAUCAGCUGUUCUCCACCCACUUGCAGCAAGCUCCCCACCCCACAAAAACAGAACCAGGAGAGCACUGGAGCUAGCAGAGUGUUGUCACGGGGCUCCACUUCAGGCCCCAGACCUCAUUGUAGCUACAGCUUGGUCUCAGACCUUGAAACUCCAGACGUAAUUAUUGAGGAGAUUUUAGAUGAAGGACAAGAGAACGCUCUUGCACCCACUGGUCCUGAGCUGGCUAACAACAAAUGGAGGGCCCACAGAAGAAGGAAAAAUCCAUUUGACAAAAAAAGAAAUGUUACCCAGUGGGUGAUUGUAACGCAUGUUGUGAAUCCAAGUCACUUCUACAUCCGUUAUGUGGCAGAGAAGAGGGAAAACAAGGCUCUGUCUAAGAAGAUCAACCACUUCUGCUGCAGAGAUAGUAGUCACUUCACUCCCAGUGACAUGGUUGAGACUGGCUCCAUGAUCUUUGUUAAGUGGAAGGAGGGACUCUGGGGCAGGGCCACUGUGGUUGAAGUCUUGCAGAAUGGAUGUGUGGAGGCAGUGAAAGCCUGCCCCGUAAACCAGCUGGCCACAGUCAGAGUCUUCUUCCUUGACUAUGGCCUCACCAAAAGUAUCACCAUACAGAGCAUGGACGAGACCACAGAGUCUUCACUGAAGGCUCUGAACAACCAACUGAGGAAGGUGAGCAUGGUGGUGAAUGGGGAGCUGUGUCACUUUGCUCCUCAAGCUAUCAGAUGUACACUGAAGGACCUGGUCCCCUAUGACCUGACAAAGGGCUGGAGUAAAGCAGCACAGGUUGAGUUCCUCAAUGUGGUUGGCCCUGCAGCAGUGGAGAUGCGGCUUUUGGGUCAGGACAAAGACUCGUUACUGGUGGAUCUGAGGAAAGCCCCCAUGGACCAAUCAAGUGAUGUGCCAAUCUCUGUUAGAGAGUACCUUGUAUUUGUUGAAGUGGCCAGGUUUUAUUCUCCGGUGACGCUGGGCAGGAAACCCCUGUUGUACUAUCCUCCUGUCUAUCCCAAGAUCAACACAGAGCUCAAUGCUGUGGUGUCCCACGUUAACAACCCUGCUGACUUCUAUAUCCAGCUGGUUGAUAACAUGGAGUCCUUGUUGCUCUCAGCCAAGCUCCAGGAUUGUUACAAUGCAGCAACAGUGGCUGGACAAGAUGACCUCAGUGUCUACUGUCCUGUGAUAGGACAAGCCUAUGUUGCCCGCUAUGAAGACAAGUUGUGGUACAGAGCUCAGGUCAUAGGUCACCCAGGAAGCAGAAAAGUGGAAGUUCGUUAUGUAGACUUUGGCAAUGAAAGCAUCGUGUCAGUCAGCGACUUGAGGAAGAUCAAGGAUGAGUUCUUUGCCCUUCCAUCCAUGGCAAUCCACUGCUGUUUGUCAGAUGUGAUUCCUCUUGAUGGAGAGACCUGGAGUGAUGCCUGCACCAACAGAUUCAUCAGCUUGGCUCACCAGAAGCUGGUCACUAUUGUGGCUUCAGAAACCGUCUGCAAGACUGAGCCUGUGCCAGUCAAACUGUUUGAGACUGGACUGAACGGGCCACUAGCCAACAUGGCUGAGCUUCUCGUCAAAGAGGACCUGGCCUGCUUCAAAGGGGGACUUAAAUCCAUGGAUGUCACUCCCCUUGGUGAAGACUCUGCCAUAUGGGACCCUCCACUAGACCUUGGUUUAGGCAUUGAGGUUGUUGAUGUUGUCAGCCAAACAAUCACCGGAGAGCAGAAAAAGGAGCCUCAGGAGUUUCAGCCUUUGCUGACGCUCCCCGCCCAGCUCAAAGACGUGAAAGUCAGAGUUAGCUUUGUCCAUUCACCAAGCAGCUUCUAUGUCCAGCUCACCCAGAAUGACUCACAGCUCAAAAGGGUAUGUGAGUUGGUGAAGCAGGAGUGUGCGCUUAUGGAGCUGCAAGAUGUAGUGUGGAAGGCAGACAUGUACUGUGCUGCUCAUAUUAACGGGGUUUGGGAGAGAGGACAGAUCUGCUCUGACGUCACAUCCAGCAACACUGCAGAGGUGAUGCGCUGUGACCAUGGCAACAUGGUGAAGGUCCAUGUCAGCAGCUUGCGGCUGCUGCCAUCUUCCUUGAUAGGCUCUUUUGCACUGGAGUGCACUCUCACUGACAUCAGGCCAGCAGGAGGCCAAUCCACCUGGACAGCUACUGCCUGUGAUUUAAUCUCCUACUACCUGACUGGAGCCUCAGCUCUUAUGACCAUCAAGGAGUUGACAAAUGAGCGUCCAGUACCCGUCACGCUGUUCUGCUCCAAUAAGAAGGGACAGUUUGUCAGCAUUGCAGACUUUCUGGUCAACGAGGGCCUCGCCCUCAGGGAAAGAAAACUGAGAGACGCUGUCACUGAAGAACCCAAAGAAAUGAAUGCACAGUCUCCAGUAAGGGAGGCACAAACUGAUGGGUCUGAGGACAACAAUAACAACACUUACCCAUCUCACCCAUCUCUUGUUCCUUUACCUUCCCUGUCCUCCCUCAUCUGCACUCCUACCCCUCCAAAACCUGCCCCCCGCACCAUUAUGUCUGCGCAGAUGGUGAAGACUCAGUUGUACCAACCCCCAGAGCUACCGUGCCUCGGUCACAUCCAGAUAAGUGUUUGUGCCAUCGGAGAGGACGGGCUCAUUUACGUCAGAACACAGAAUGCAGAGUGUCAGCUGGAGCAGCUCAGGGAGAGGAUUCAGCAGAGCAUGAAGACAUUGCCCAGACAGAAGCCUUACACCUGGAAGUCGGUCAAGGGCUGCGCUGUCAUCGGGCCUGAUAUGUUGUGGUAUCGAGGACAACUGCUGGAGGUCCUGGGAGGACACGUCAAGGUACAAUAUGUGGACUAUGGCCUGGCGGAGAACAUCCCAGUGGUUCAUGUGUACCCCAUACUGCUGUGUGAGGAUGUUCCUCAGCUCUGUAUGCCCUGUCAGCUGCAUGAUAUCAACCCUGUUGGUGGUGAGUGGCAGUGGGAUGCCAUAGCCUUGUUGAAGGAAACGCUGCUGAACCGUUCUGUGGACAUACAAGUCAUGGAGCUGCCGACUGACCCCAAGGGACCCCUCACAGUUGAGGUCUUCCUGGAUGGGCUAAGCCUCAGCAGGGUCCUGUGUCACCACGAACACGCUUCCAUGGAUCAGACUGUGUUGGCACAGCAGGGACACGCACCAAUGCCUCCCACCAUUCUGGAUGACUGGGACAUCGACACUGAAGGACUGAGGGAACCAGAGGAGCCAAUGCUGGGACCCUUUAAAAACCCAAAGCUGCCACAGAAGGGAGAAUGCUUUCAAGUCAGGGUCAAACACCUUUUGACCCCCAAUGAGCUGUUCCUGUGGCCUUUGGAGGGAACAGCUGAUGUAGAGGUGGAUGGGGAGACUCUUGAUCAGGCUCUGGCCAAAAUCAACGCAGACAUCAACAGUCUGCCACAACUCACUAACUUCCCUUCUGACGGCCCGUGUCUGGCAGAGUAUAGUGAUGGGAAAUACUACAGGGCCAAGCUGAUCAAGUUCACCAGCGUGGAACCCAUCAAGAUGAUGAUCCAACACGUUGACUUUGGCUCCGACGACAUUCUGCCCACCAGCAAGUUGCGUCAGAUGCCGGCCAAGCUGCUGAGGUUUCCAUUGCAGGCAUUCAAAGUAAAAGUCGCCGGCUUCAAGGCUCCUCAUGACAACAGGCAGGAAGACGUGCUGUCCUACAGCCCCGCCUGGAGCCUGAAGGCUGCCAUGGACAUGAUCGAUCUGUUACACAGCAACAUCACAGCUUCUGUUGUGGCGCAGGAACCAGAGCUCACAGUGCUGCUGUACAACGAGGGAGGAGAGUUGGUCCACCUGGCUUUGGUGAGCCGUGGGCUGGCUGAACUCGAGUGAAGCAGAGACCAACUCCUCAACUCAAUGAGUACAGUUCAUGCGGACGUCUUGUUUUGUGAACAUCUUCACUUCAUUCUGUUGUGCUGUUUGACUGCUGUUCUUAGUUUUUACACACUGCAGAAAAUCAGUAGUCUUUAUUUUCAGUGAUCCUGAAGAGCAGUGAUUUACUUGAACUUUGGCUGUUUUGUUUGAUCCAGCUUUGUUGCCUGAGCGCUUUGUUUUCUAGUCAUGUGACUUACGUGAGACAGACUUGUUUGUGUGAAGGUUCAGAUUAAAGUUUUCCAGCGCGA